GAUAAGCCAAGCCUCUGUUGUAUCACCCAUAGGUGUAAUAUUACCGGUACUCGGUAGUAAGUACUUACGUCUUACGAGUUACGACACACGAUGUUCAUAAGACUUGCAGGUUCAAGUAUACUAUUAACGUUUUCUGUUAAAAAAUAACAAAUCGAUGUGGCCUUAUUUUUAUUCAUCAUGGAAUACAUUUUGUACUGCAUUAUCAUUGGCGUUUAGUUCAGGAUCAAAAUAUUUUCGUGUUAGGUGUAGGUACAUAAUAUGAAAACAUGAAUUUUAAAAUGAAAGAUAAAAAACUGAAGGAUCCAGCGUUAUAUCGAUCCAAUAUAUGGCGUAUUGCAGCUUAUAGUCGAAUAUCUAUUGUGAUUUUGCAGUACAUCUUCAACGCCCUGAUUCCAGAUCACCAAGCACAGGGAGUAUUCAUAUCACCAGCUCUUCAUGACAAUGACGAUACCAGUAUUGGCCGUGCAGUCACUUAUAUCCUAGGUGGUUUCCUCCGUUGGGACGCUCAAUAUUUUCAUCACAUUUACCGAUAUGGAUAUACUUAUGAAAAUACAUUGGCUUUUUUCCCGCUAUAUCCCAAUGUCUUACGACUGAUAACUGCAAUCUUUCCUGGUCAUUCAAACACUAUGUUUCUUAUUGCAGCAGUCGUCUUCAACAAUUUAAUUUUUGUUUUCACUGCAUUGGUGUUAUUCGAUUUGACUUUGCGCAUACAUAAUAACAUAGAAAUGGCAUAUAAUUCAACAGUCCUAUUUUGUUUUAAUCCUGCUAGUGUUUUCUUCUCGGCCCCCUAUUCAGAAUCACUGUUUGUGUUUACAACGUUUUAUGGUAUGUAUCAUAUUGCAUAUGGAAAUAUUUGGAAGUCUUCGUUAUUAUUCGGUUUAUCUGUGUUGAACAGGUCCAACGGACUACUCAAUGUCGGCUUUUUAUUAUAUUAUAUGAUUCAAUUAGCUGUCAAGGAAAGAAAAAUAUCAUUCAAAUGCCUUUUUGGUAUAUGUUUUGUUUUUGCAUGUUUCAGUUUGUUCCAAAUAUAUGGGUAUUUUGAAUUCUGUACUCUGCAAGAACACACAUUAGAACCCAAAGUUAUUGACUAUGCGAUUAAAAAUAACUUAGUAAUGCCAAACAAUAAUAGUGUCCCAUUGUGGUGUGGAGUGCGUUUACCGUAUUCUUACGUUCAAGAAAAAUAUUGGAACAAUAUUGGUUUCUUAAGUUAUUUCCAGUUCAAACAGAUUCCAAAUUUUUUAUUGGCUUCACCUUGUAUUUUUAUACUUUUAAAAUUUGGUUUUGAAUAUUUUUGUAACAAUAAUAUAAUUUAUUUGGGUCUUAGAAAUCGAGAUAAACUAGAUUUCGUGUAUGUCGUUCAUUCAACAUUUUUAACAAUUUUUAGUUUGUUUUGUAUACAUGUUCAAGUGGCCACAAGAAUGUUAUCAUCAUCAAGUCCAGUAUUUUAUUGGGCUUGCGCAAAUUAUUACAAAUUUCCACUAAAUUUCAAUAAAAUUACUUACAACCGCAUAAUGUAUAAUUUUAAAUCUAAAUUAGUAAUUUUGUACUAUUUUACAUAUUUUAUUGUUGGCACAGCACUUUUUGUGAACUUUUUACCAUUCACUUAGUACACAAAUUUUGAGUAAAAUUAAUUUUUAAUUGAACAUUAACCAUAAUUUAUAAGUAUAUUACAAAAAAAAAGCUAACUGUGAUAGUAAUUUAAGUAUACAACUAUUGUUUAUUUACUUAUACCUAUUCUAUUCUGUAGUACCUAUGUUAUACUUAGAAAAAUAUAAUAUGCAAUAUGUUAAAACUCAAAUUAUAGUAUUUUAAUUGGUACUAAAAAAAAAUUAUUUUAUGUUCUCCAUUGUUAUUUAUUUUUAGAAUAUAUUCUUUAUUUGUACAAAUUUAAUAUAAGUAUUCAUGUAUAAUUUAUAAUGAAAGAAUAAAGACUUAAAUAACAGACUGAU